AUGGGGGGAGGUGGGGGGGGAGGUGAUGUAUACUGGGCACUCGCCUUUAAGGGCAACUGUGCCGUGAGAAACACCGUGGGACCGGACCGCGUCGACACACCGCAACCAAACGGUCGUGCGACACGCGACGUACACCAUUGCGACAUUAAGACCACAAGAUAUAUCAUCGCUUCCAUUAAAGCCGCGAUGGACGACAGACGCAUCCACAUUGUGCACUUCCCUGUCUCGGCGGCGGCGGCGGCGGCACCGUCAAAGCGGGCCUUUCCUCAAACGGAGGCUGCGACGCCGCAUCCAUACAAGCAGCCCGUAAUGGGGACACUUUACGCAGCCUUCCAAAGCAAC